AUGCAAAUACAACAAAGUAUCUUUUUCUUAGUGUUGCUAUUAACAAAAACUGAAAGUUUCACUCAGUUUCAUCAAAGUCGUACAAAACGAGCAACAACAAAUGACUGUUGUAUUUCAGCUAAACUUAAUGUUGCUGCAAAAAAAGCAAAUAGUGGUCGAGAUUUUUUUCGACAAUUAGCAACCGAAGCUAAUUCAUAUACACUUGUUAAGCCAGAAAAUAUGUGUAGUUUAAUACAUUUUCUUGUUCAACAAGCAUCACUUAAUAAUAAAUCAGUUUCAUUCGGGAAAGGUAUGUUUAUUAUUUUUGAUUCAACAAAUCAAAUAUUUGAUCGAUUAAUGAAAGCAAAACAGGAGCAAAAAGCUGGUGAUGGAUCACAGCAUGCAGGUUAUUUUAAACGUUUUAAACAUAUGGGUGAACAAGCUAUUCAUUCAUUAUUUAAAAGCUCAAAAAAAUCAAAGAAUAAAUCUGGUCUAAUUGAAUCCGAUACAUUUAUUUAUGUACGUGGUGAUGAAAGUUCACAUUAUCAUGGAGAACGAGGUUCGAAAUGGGACCGUUCACGUGAUUAUCCUGCUUAUGGAAUGGAUAUUCCUGGUGCUUGUAUGCCUAGUGGUUUCGGUCAUAUACUUUUUGGUGAACUUCCACCAAUUCGUAGUCAAGGUAAAUAUGCUGGUGAACGUAUUUAUAUAAAACCAGAAUUUUUUGGUAUCCGUCAAUUAAAACAUUUUAUUAAACAUACACAAUCUUAUCUUAGUCAUAUAUCAAGAAAAUAUGUAUGUCAAUUAAAAGAUAUGCAAACAAAACCUGGUUGUUCAAAAGAAGAUGCAUUUCGUGAAAAUACAGAUAAAAAGUUAUUAGAUAAAUGGAAAAAAGUUUUAAUGACAAUUCCAACUGUAUGGAAUGUUGAUGAACAAUAUAUGAAAAAUGCAACUAAAUAUGGAAUUGGAGAAAUUGAUCGACAAGCUAAAGAACUAGAAGCAAUGGGAUAUAAAGAUAAAAUAAAAGAGUUUCGUGAAACAAUGAUUAAACAAUAUGGAGAAGAUGAUUUAGGUGUACGAAAAGGUCGAGAAAUUAUAUUUACAACACAAGGAUUAUUAGAUAGUCCACUUACAUGUGAAUUAUUUGGUAAAAUCAAAAAAUGUUGA